GGCGCGGGAGGCCCCUCCCCUGGCGGCGGCGGGCUUGGGGAGCCGCUGGAGUUUAAGCACGCGGGAGGGAGAUGCGACCGCCGCUUGGGCUCCUUGCAGAUUUCGGAGCAUAAUGCUGGAGCAGGAGGCUGGUAGCUGGCGGUUUUCAAGAUGGCCGAGCUGGACGCCGACUUGGACCAAAUCAUCCCGUCUUCUGUCCUGUCCCCUUUCUGGGCUAAGUUAGUAGUAGGAUUUGCUUCCCUCCUGUGUUUUGCCAGGAGCUAUGAUGGAGAUUUUGUCUUUGAUGACUCUGAAGCUAUUAUUAACAACAAGGACCUCCAGUCAGACACACCCCUGGGGGACCUGUGGCACCAUGACUUCUGGGGCAGUAGACUGAGCAGCAAUACCAGCCACAAGUCCUACCGGCCACUUACUGUCCUGACCUUCAGGAUCAACUACUACCUGUCAGGAGGCUUCCACCCCGUGGGGUUCCAUGUGGUCAACAUCCUCCUGCACGGCGGCGUCUCCGUCCUCAUGCUGGACGUCUUCUCGGUGCUGUUCGGUGGCCUGCAUUUCACCAGUAAAGGCCGGAGGGUACACCUGGCCCCCAGAGCGUCCCUGCUGGCGGCACUGCUGUUCGCUGUCCAUCCGGUGCACACCGAGUGUGUCGCUGGUGUUGUUGGCCGCGCAGACCUCCUGUGUGCCCUGUUCUUUUUAUUAUCUUUCCUUGGCUACUGUCAAGCGUUUAAAGAAAGUAAUAAGGAGAGAACGCAUUCUUCCACCCUCUGGGUGUUGCUGAGUAUCAUUCUGGGAGCCGUAGCCAUGUUGUGCAAGGAGCAAGGAAUCACUGUGCUGGGCUUAAAUGCUGUGUUCGACAUCCUGGUGAUAGGAAAAUUCAACAUUCUGGAAACUGUCCAAAAGGCACUACAUAAGGGCAAAUCAUUAGAGAACACCGGUGUGCUCAGGAACAGAGGUCUCCUCUUCCGAAUGACCCUGCUCACCCUCGGAGGGACUAGCAUGCUUUAUGUACGCUGGAAAAUCAUGGGUACCGGUCCACCAGCAUUUACCGAGGUGGACAAUCCAGCCUCCUUUGCAGACAGCCUGUUGGUUAGGGCCAUAAACUAUAAUUACUACUAUUCGUUGAAUGCCUGGCUGCUGCUGUGUCCCUGGUGGCUGUGUUUUGAUUGGUCAAUGGGCUGCAUCCCCCUCAUUAAGUCAGUUGGUGACUGGAGGGUAAUUGCUCUGGCGGCACUUUGGCUCUGCCUAAUUGGCCUAAUAUUCCAAGCUCUGUGCUCUGAAGAUAGCUGCAAGAGAAGAAUCCUGACUCUGGGUCUGGGAUUUCUUGUGAUUCCCUUCCUUCCUGCAAGCAACUUGUUUUUCCGAGUGGGCUUCGUGGUCGCAGAGCGUGUCCUCUACCUCCCCAGCGCUGGGUACUGCAUGCUGCUGACCUUUGGCUUCGGAGCCCUAAGCAGACACACUAAGAAAAAGAAACCAGUUGCCGCCGUCGUCCUGGGCAUUCUACUCAUCAACGCGCUGAGAUGUGUGAUCCGCAGUGGCGAGUGGCGGAGCGAAGACCGGCUGUUUCGGAGCGCCCUGUCUGUGUGUCCUCUCAAUGCUAAGGUUCACUACAACAUUGGCAAAAACCUGGCUGACCAAGGCAACCAAACAGCGGCCAUCAGAUACUACCGGGAAGCAGUCAGACUAAACCCCAAGUACAUUCAUGCCAUGAAUAACCUCGGUAAUAUCUUAAAAGAGAGGGAUGAGCUACAGGAAGCUGAGGAGCUGCUGUCAUUGGCUGUCCAGAUACAGCCAGACUUUGCAGCCGCGUGGAUGAAUUUGGGCAUAGUUCAGAAUAGCCUGAAACGGUUCGAGGCAGCAGAGCAAAGCUACCGGACGGCAAUUAAGCACAGGAGGAAAUACCCAGACUGCUACUACAACCUUGGGCGGCUGUAUGCAGAUCUAAAUCGCCACGUGGACGCAUUGAACGCAUGGAGAAAUGCCACCGUACUGAAGCCGGAACACAGCCUGGCGUGGAACAACAUGAUCAUACUCCUGGACAACACAGGUAAUUUAGCCCAGGCUGAAGCAGUCGGGAGAGAGGCCCUGGAAUUAAUUCCUAACGAUCACUCUCUUAUGUUCUCCCUGGCAAACGUGCUGGGGAAAGCCCAGAAAUACAAGGAGUCUGAAGCAUUAUUCCUCAAGGCAAUUAAGGCAAAUCCAAAUGUUGCGAGUUACCAUGGCAAUUUGGCUGUGCUUUAUCAUCGCUGGGGACAUCUCGAGUCGGCCAAGAAACACUAUGAGAUCUCCUUGCAGCUUGACCCCGUGGCAGCAGGCACCAAGGAGAAUUACAGUCUGCUGAGAAGAAAACUAGAACAAAUGCACAAGAAAGAUGUCUGAUCUCCCCCACUCACUGUUCUGAGUGUGUGUGUGUGUGUGUGUGUGUGUGUGUGUGUGUGUGUGUGUGUGUGUGUGUGUGUGUAAUGAGGCCUCGGUUCAGAUUGUGCGUUCGGGUUUAGCCAUUUAAAGUUCUCAGGCUUUUUUGUUUACUACACUAUUAUUUUUUUUCCUGUGAAAACAAAGAGAUGCAAGAAGAUUGUAGCACCAGCAACACACUCUUGAAUGCUUGAGAGGAUUUUUUUGCAUUGAGAUUGUAUUUUUUCAGACUACCCAAAUGUAAUUCUAAAAUCUCAAAAAUGAAGCCUUUUUUUUUUUUAACUAAACAGAAAAAGGAGAAUCAAAAAUCAUCUCGAGCAACUUUUGCUCGUGUUAAACCUGCAUUUGGGGUGUGACUGGCGCAGUGAAGUGGCGUCACCUCGCCAUGGCCAACUCCCACAGACUUACAUAAGCAUCGUGUAUCUUGUGUGUGUGUAUGCUAGCAUGUUUAUUUAAUGACAAGUAAUGACAAGUAAAUUAAGGUCUGGGGGUUUAAGUCUCUUUGCAAUAGUAUAACUUGAAGUUUGUAAGAAAUUAUUCACUCUUUUGUGUUUAAUGGGAUAAAUAGUGGAAUGAAGAAGGGGAAAUUUUAACAUCUGGUGUAUCUGUAUAUUUUUUUUUCUUUCAUAGGAAGGUGUUGACUCCCAAGCUUUUUGGGGUAUGUGUGUGCAUUCCAACAUGUAUGAUGUUAGUACACAGGAUGAUGUUCUACAGAAAACUACCACUGGUGGUAGACUAACCCUGCUGUGUUUAGGCAAAUGCAGGCCGUCUAACGUUUUGGUUUCUGUCCUGCCCGGUGUUCAGAGGGCUGUUGUGUCCGUGUACAUUGUGUUUUCAUGUUUUUAGCCGAGGAAUGGGUUCCCAUUUCACAUAAUUGACCUACAGACAUUACUCUAUCCAGAAAAUGCAAAAAGGUUAAACUUUCUUACAAAAGAAGUCAAAGUUCUGGAUUGUGUGGUGUUCUUUAAAAAAAAAAAACGAGUUGCUUUUUUUCCCCCUUGUUUUAUCAGAUCUCAACGAUUUGUUCACUUAGUUUGUUCUUUAUAUACUGUUGACCUAAUAAUUCAUGCAAUUGCUGUAAUUUCUAUUGCAGUAAAAUUAUCACACAAACUGCUGCGAAA